AUGAAGCAGGAAGUGGAUAUUGCUCACAAUAAAGUUUGUAGUGCUUGCCUUAGCUCGGAUCGUGAUUUAGUGUUUAUAAUACGUCAAUCAAAUAUUUAUCAAAUAUUUCGACUACUUAUGUAUGAUAUCGCGGUUGACAAGUUUGUAGAAUCGGAAGAAACAUUACAAGUGUGUUGGGAAUGCCUUGCUCUAUUACGGAGGUUUGAUAAAUUCAAGAAGCAAGUUCACACCGCCCAGGAAACUAUCCUUACCUUAAAAGAGAACCAUGAGAAUACAGACCAUACUUGUAGUGUUUUGCAAUCUCUGUCAACGUUGGAACCUGCAGUUAAGAAUGACUACGACUUUUGUUACGACAAUACGAAUAAAACUCAUACGGAAUGGACACCAAAGAUUGUUGCCGUGAGCUUUAGAGACAACAUUAAGUAUGAGCCGAACGAUUAUGAGCAGAUGUUGGGAAGUAUGCAGAUGCCUGAGAAUUCCAACACAAUAGUAACACCUCAAACUUCGAUGAAUCAGGAACCUUUAAAAAUUGAGGAGGAGCAUAAUGGAGAUGAAACAGUGUUACCAAAUGUCACAAUGAGAGGUGUACGUACACGAGGUGGUGGAGUAGGACGCAGGGGAAGAGGAGUUCGCACCCGUGGUGGCACGCGGCAACGGCCGCAAGUCUCAGACGACAUUCACCUAGGUUUGAUUGAGGAGCUGACAGCUGGCAGUCCUCUCGAGGUGGCUCUGCACCCGCCAAAGCGGCGAAGAUAUCUGCCACAUACUGCUGGAGCUAGAACGUCAGGUAUAUGGCAACCAACUGCUUCAGACAUGGGAGGUGACGACGCGAGAGGAGACGUCGCGGGACGCAAUGACACGGGAGGCGAUGACGCUGAUAUUCAGCGGGGAUUUCACAGAAGCACUUCUCUGUGCGUAGAUAAUCUACCUUCAUCGAGCGUUUAUGUUGAAUGUUCGUCACCGUUUACGCCAGAUACGCGGGUGUUGCAUGGUCACCAUCGUCGGCUUCUCGAUAGUGAAAUCGGUGACAUCCUCAAUUACGGGAGCGAAGACGAAGAAGAUUCAGAGGAGCGCGAAGGUGACAACAGUGAGCUCACGCUUCCCCGCGCAUUGCGGAUGUUCUUUGAGCCGGAAGAUGACACGCUCGAGGAAGCAAAAGCGGCUGGGCACAUUGAUGUGCUUCAUACCGGACCACUGCCCGAGGACCAAAUAUAUCCGUUUAUAGUAAAAACUCACAAACCUAAGGAUCCCAUGGAACAAAAACUGGACUCGAAUCUAUACGACUCAUUCGAGAGAAACCCAUAUAUAACUGAGUAUAUGAACGACGAGGACAUGUUAGCUCACAGUGAAACAAGACGACCGAGGACUCGCGGUCCGCGACGCGGUAGAGGUGUGCGAGUCCGCGGUGGGAGAAUGUCGGCAGCGGCGGUAGGUUUGCUGGUGGAAGUGGUGGCUGAACCUGAGGUGGUGGUAGCGCGUGGUUGCGGAGGCCGUGGUGGAAGACCUCGAGGGCACCGUAUACCAGACAACGGUCGCCCGGGGCCGAGAACAAUUAACGAGGUCGACCAGAGUGUCUCAGCCUCGGUAGUAGUGCCACGCCCACUAUCUUUGAUUGCCUCGUCAAGCUCGGCGGCACCGUCACCGCUGGCCGACCAGGCUGCCUCAGCCCCGGGUAUAGUGCUACGCCCAGCCCUGACACCGUCUCCCGCUAUAUCGUAUUUGGUGCCUUCAUCAGCUGUAUUUGCUGAACGUGAAGGCUCAGCGGUGAAUACGCCUUCCACCUCAACAGGCUCGGUAGUGCGUCGCCGUCGUCCUCGCCCCCGUCGGAUCUUGGAAGAUGACGAUAUCAUAUUAGCCAUCAAUUGUGGUAGCGAACCAAGCUCCGAGGAGAGCGAGAACGAGGAAAUGGCCGUACCAUUCGUGCCCCGCACAAUCCGCAGUCUUCUAGAGACACCUACGUAUGAAGUGGAAGAGCUGACUGCUGAGCCUAUCACACAAUCUAUCUCGGAGCCCGCCGCUGAGCCUGAAAUAAGCGUGCCCGCUCCAAUGGCGACGGACCAGCCAGAAAAGUUGAAAGAAAAAAUUCACUAUGCCAGCGCAGAAUAUAGGUGCGACCUUUGUAUAUUAAGUUUUAACAGUCAAAAGCAGGUCGACAAACAUCAUGGACUGGUGCAUAAAGCUGAUCUCAAGAAAGAAAUGAACGAAGAAGACUCACCAUCUAACCCCUCGCCAAGUUCUGGAAAGCAAGUCACGAGGAAGCUAUACAAAAAUGAAGUGCUUGCGUAUAAGUGCUUAGAAUGUGAUAUGUUCUUCCACACAAGUAAGACGCUAAAAACCCACGAUGCGAAAUACCACAAUAAACAAAGUCUAGAGUGCGAUCUUUGUAACAAGCUAUUUCUGAAUAGAACCACUCUCAUCAGGCAUCUCAGUGGACAAGCUAAAAGUAAUAACGAAAAAGGACGAAGUAGAGGACGAGGUAGAGGACGUGGUAGAGCACUAGGUCGAGGCCAAGGUACAAGUCGAGGCCCUGGAAAAGCAUGUGAAAGCAAUGAUUAUGCAGUUGCAGCUCCUAGCACAAGCACCUAUGGACAGGAACAUGCAGCUUUAAAAAAAUCAAUGCUUCAUACGAAGAAAAUAUUUAAAAAAAUGAUUCCGUCUGUGAAGGAGGAGCUGAUAGCCAGAAAACGUUCGAAAGAAAUUUCGCGGACCCUGCUUCCAGAUGCACUACGACGUAAAAGGGCGCGAAUGCAAUCACCAACUCAACAGGUGCAAGAAGUAAAAGAUGAUUUCUUAACACCUGUAAGUUCAAUCGGCACUUCUUCUAACUCCGUAUUUGAUAUUCAAGUUGAUUGGACAACAGGCAUAUUGAAAAGUCCGGAAGAGGAAACUGCUUCAGGUUUGCUACUGGUAGAUGUCCCUAACUCAUCCAAACAUCCGACCGCCGAUGUUCCGGUCGCUGUGUCAACCCAUGUAAAGCCACUGGUUAAGCUUAUAAAUGAGGCUGUAAAAGGGAAAGAUUCUAAAGACCUGGAUGAAAACUUAGCCAGGUGGCUGGAAGAGCAGUCCGACGAAGAAGAGUUAGAAGAUUUGGACUUGCGUACAGAUCGUGAGAGCUGUGGCGAAAGUAACCUAGCUCCAGCUCACAUUCUAGACGAGUUCGAAGACCCUUCCACGAAAGAAGUGCCCGAUCUGCCAGAAACUGGUGUGCAUUAUCGAUCUGAAGUAUCAUGUAAAGCGUCACCAGACCAAAUGCCGUUAAAAGUGCCGCGACUGCAAGAAGGUGUUCUCGCAUAUCUCCACAUACAAGGCCCAUCUCAAAUACACCAGUGCGCACCCUUCUGA